AUGUCAUUUAAAUCCAACUUGACCAAUCACAACGCAUCGAGGUAUCAGACGAACGCUUCGUUCGUCUACUCCUCUGCGAACUCUUCUCCUGUACUGAAUCUACUCGAUGCUCAAGCAGGAGAGAAGAUUAUCGAUCUAGGUUGUGGUAAUGGGGAGCUUACUGUACAGCUCAAAGAGGCCGUAGGGGAUCAAGGUGAAAUUAUCGGCGUGGAUAGUAAUGAGAAUAUGCUUACAUCAGCAAGGUCUAAUUCACCUAGUUCAAUCCAAUAUUUUCAAGCGGACAUUCAAGAUUUCAAUUCAUUUUCUUCAGCUCAUCCAGAAUUAAAAGGUAGAUUCGAUAAAGUAUUCACUUCGGCAACUUUACAUUGGUGUAAGUCAUCUCCAUCGGGAGUUGUUGAAUUAGUAAAAUGGUUAUUGAAAGAUGGUGGGAAAUUCGCUUUUGAAUUUGGUGGAUUCGGUAAUUGCGUGGGAAUUAGAUCUGCUCUUCAUCAAUCCCUUCGAAAGAGGAAUAUCGAUCCUAUCCCAUUGGAUCCAUGGUAUUUCCCUACUGUAGCUCAGUAUGAAUCUGUCCUUACGUCGAUCGGAUUGACUCCUCAGACCGUCCAGCUGGUUCCUAGACCUACACCGCUCCCCACUUCUCUCAGAGGAUGGCUGGACACCUUUGCUCGGAAUUCCUUCUUGUCGUCUCUGAACGACGAAGACGCUGGCCAAGUCUUAGAUGAGGUGGUAGAACUCUCGAGAGUCGACAAUUAUUGGUCUGAAAAGAAUCCUGGUGUAGGCCUCAGAUCAAAUUCCGAUUCCGAUGAGGGAAAAGACGGCUGGGAGGUCAUGUAUGUUAGACUUCGAGGUGUCGCUAUCAAGUCAUAG